AUGACGACGAACACCAAUGACCCCGCGGUCAUCAGCGUCACGAAGGAUGCCGUCGAAUGCAGCCAGCUCGAACACUCCAACAGAUCGGGCGACGAUUUGCAGUCCAAGGAGAAAAUAUAUCGGCAGUAUGAACUCUCCCCUCGAGAGAUUCAGGGUCGCUUCGAUCUGCUGCGGGAUUUGAGCGACACGGAAAUGGAGAAGCUCAACAAGGGGGUGGUGCGGAAGAUCGACUGGAGGAUGAUGCCUACGAUCACUGCCAUGUUUCUCAUGAGCUACCUCGAUCGAAUCAACGUCUCCAAUGCACGGCUGGGUGGCAUGCAGGAGGAUCUGCAAAUGUCAGACACCAUGUGGAAUCUGGGGAUCUCGACCUUCUACAUCGGAUAUCUCAUUGGACAGCUGCCGGGCAACUUGUGGUUGGCCAAGGCGAACCCAAGAUGGUUUCUCCCCUCGACGAUGUUGGCAUGGGGUGCCGCGACGAUCUGCACUCCGGCCCUGACGAAUGGCGCUGGCUUUGCCGCCCUGCGAUUCUUCACUGGCCUGGCCGAAGCCCCUUUCUUUCCCGGCAUCACUCUCAUGACCUCCUCCUGGUACAAUAAACACGAAAGCCCGACUCGCAUGGCCAUCUGGCACGCCGGAAACACCAUUUCCAACAUCAUCUCCGGCUUCCUCGCCGCGGGCAUCCUGACCACGAUGGGCGGCGUCGCCGGGAUGUAUUCGUGGCAGUGGUUCUUCCUGAUAGAAGGUAUUGCUACCUUCUUGAUCGCCUUCGCCGCUUUCGCCCUUCUUCCGGACUGGCCUCACAACACGCGAUUCCUGACCCCGGCGGAGCGAGAGAUGGCUCAGUAUCGCAUCUUGUGCUCCAACGGCGGAGUCGAAGAGGUGGUGGGCGGCACCUGGGACGGUUUCAGGGACGCCGUCAAAGACCCUUUUACCUGGAUCUUCUGCCUCAUGCACUUUGCACUCGUUACAGCCCAGGCAUUCAAGGACUUCCUGCCUUCGAUUGUCAACACCUUCGACUUUGGUGAGCUCACAACCUACCUCAUCCAAGCACCUCCGUACGCCUUUGCCUACGCCUUUGCAUGCGUCGUUGCCUGGUCUUCGGGUCGGCGUCAAGAGUCCUUUUGGCACAUCGUCCUGCCCAUAAUCGGCAGCGCCGUUGGUUGUGCCGUGUUGAUCUCGACGACAAAUGUCGGCGCCCGAUACUUUGGUCUCUUUCUGCUCAUCUCUGGCACGUACAACGGCCUGAACCUGCAACUCUCCUGGGAGACAACCGUAGUCCCGGCACCUCGGAGUAAGAAGGCUGCACUAAUCGCGAUUGCCAACUGUCUCAGCCAGGUCAGCCACUGGUUCAGCCCCUACUUUUGGCCUCGUUCGCACGAGCCCUUCUACAGACUCGGCGGAGGCCUUGUCCUGGUCGGUUGUCUCUUGGUUGUCACGUCAGCCGGUCUGGCAAAAUGGCGCGCGAUUAAACUGAACAAGAAGUUGGACGAGGCCGAGGGAUACUCGGAGAACUCGGGGGUCGAAAGAGGCUGGAGAUAUGCGCACUGA